AUGGUCUCUACUCGGCAGAGAGCCUCCGCCAGGAAGACUGUGGCGAUGCAGACCGAACCACCACAGAAACAUGUGGCUAUCCGGAUCUCUGGCUGCGAGGAGUGUCUGAGACCAGACUAUCAGGGAGUAGCAAAAAUAACACCUGCCUUAGGUGUGAGCAGGGUAGAGGGGGUGGACUUAACAGUUUCCAGGGACGGCCAACAAUGGAAACGGGUCCCCACUCGAGGUGGCAGAAGAUCCCCUCCACAGCCCACCUCACCUCCACCGGUGACCACGUUCAACAGCCGAGAGGUCUGCUUAGAACUGAAGAGCCCGGCAGUUGUGCGGGCGUCAAGCGCACCCCGACGCGCCGCGGCCCCCGCCGUAACGGCGGUAACGGGGCGGCGGGCGGGAGGGGCAGUUAAAGCACAUAAGGUGUUUUUCUCGUGCACACGAACCAGCCGAAGAGGCGAAUAUUCAACUGCAUUUUCAUUUCACAAUAUUCUGUGCUCAUAUUUUCAGAUUACAACUCAUGGGAAACCCAAGAUAAUUGAUAUAAUUGAUACAACAGGCAGUGGUGAUGUAACUACAUGUACUGUAGUAGAACCUAAAGAUGGGGAAAUUAUUGGUCUUUCUGGAAGAACUUUAAAGAUUCCAUCAACCUGGAUAAAUCCUUCAGGAAAAUAUCAUAUUGGCAUUAAAAAUGGCUAUGACAUCUAUCCUAAAGCUCUUAAAGAGAGGAUUCAGAAGGAGCGCAAGGAAAAACUCUGGGAUCCUGUUCACAGGCUGGCUCUGGCAGAGGCCUGUAGGAAACAAGAAGAAUUUGAUGCUGUCCACAGCUCUCCCUCCCAAGUAAAUAAAUUAAUAAAGGAGGAACUUCAAAAUCAAGUAGAACUGUUGAAUUCUUUUGAGAAAAAGUAUAGUGACCCUGGUCCUGUCUAUGAUUGUCUAGUAUGGAAUGAUGGUGAAACCUGGAGAGCCUGCAUAGAUACAAGUGAGAGUGGUGAUUUAACUAGCUGUACAGUGUUGAGAACCUACAAAGAGGCUCAGGAAUAUGGAUCUUUUGGAACAUCUGAGAUGCUGAAUUACUCUGUCAAUAUAUAUGAUGAUGGGAACCUUCUUUCUAUUGUGACAAGUGGAGGAGCCCAUGGAACACACGUGGCUAGUAUAGCAGCUGGAUAUUUUCCAGAGGAACCUGAACGAAAUGGUGUGGCUCCUGGAGCUCAAAUUCUCGCCAUCAAGAUUGGAGAUACAAGACUAAGUACAAUGGAAACUGGCACUGGUCUAAUAAGAGCUAUGAUAGAAGCAAUAAAAUAUAAAUGUGAUCUUGUCAACUAUAGCUAUGGAGAAGCAACACAUUGGCCAAAUUCUGGGAGAAUUUGUGAAGUAAUUAAUGAAGCUGUGUGGAAACACAACGUAAUCUAUGUUUCAAGUGCAGGCAAUAAUGGCCCUUGUCUUUCUACAGUAGGAUGUCCUGGUGGUACUACAUCUAGUGUAAUAG